CGUGAGGAAAGAACGUCACUUCCGCGCAGCUGAUCGUGACGUCACUCUCCAACAUGGCGGACUGGAACGGAGGCCGUGGAUCCGUGGAAGACAUGCUGGAUGUCGAGAAUAAACGUCUGUCCGAGAACCUAGCCACCAAAGUCUCCAGGCUGAAAUCUCUGGCGUACGAGAUCGACAGAGAGGCCGAAGACCAGAAUGAGUAUUUGGACGGCAUGGACUCCAACUUCCUGAGCGCCACCGGCCUGCUGAGCGGCAGCGUCAAGCGUUUCUCCACCAUGGUGCGCUCCAGUCGGGACAACCGCCGCAUCCUCUGCUACGUCUCCGUGGGCCUGGUCCUGGCCUUCUUCCUGCUCUACUACCUGGUCUCCAGGAUCCAGCGCUGACGUUCUGGACCGUAUCAGCCAGCAUCCACUGGGACUCGAGAACAUCAUGUCUGCGAGACUUUGCACCAGGACGACAGGAAAGGGAUGUAGAAGUGACCAGCAGGGGGCGUAGGAGCAGCUUGAAACCAAAAAUCCAACUUCCUUGCGCUGUAAGUGCAUCAGAAGAGCUCGGUGUAUGCGGGGAAUUGGGGUAUGACGUUUUUAAUGGGGAAAGACGUCAAUGUCUCUUGUUUUCAUGCUAGCAUUUUGAAUAUGAAAUGCCAUUAGUAACUAAACGUGUUAAAGUUCAAAGGAAGGACAAUUAUGGUUUAUUAGACUUUGCUGGUGACUCAAAGAUCAAGUGAAUCGUAUUUUGGAAAUAAUUUAAUUCUAAGUUAUGUCAAAGUUGUAGAAGAGUUGCCCUACAUAUGUUAGCUUGUAGCUCUUCUUAGCAUACACACCAGUUUAACUGCAAAGACUCAUUGGUACAUAUUUCUCUUUUGGUAUUGUUUGUUCAUGCUUAUGAUUUUUACUUUCACCUUUCUCAAUAUUUCCAGGGAACAAUAAUGCGUUUUUUCUGCUU